CGAACCUGAAAGCAAGAAGAAUUAGGGGUAGGGGCGGUUCUUCUCUAUGCAAAUAAGGCACCAAAGAUGCGAGAGCUGGAGUCCUGAGGAAAAAAAACCCAAAACUCUCCGGGAGAGUGAAGAGAAAAGCUGGAGCAGGGUUUGCCACUAACAGCCACUUCCCUAACUGCACUGUCGCAGCAGGCCAGACAUGGGAGACACGGGCAAAGAAGAAUAUAAAAUACAGUCGUUCGACACCGAGACGCAGCAGUUACUGAAAACUGCUCUCAAAGACCCCAGCAGUGUGGAUCUGGAGAAAGUGGCUAAUAUCAUCGUGGACCAGUCCCUCAAAGACUGUGUGUUCAGUAAGGAGGCUGGGCGUAUUUGCUACACCAUCAUCCAGGCAGAGAGCAAGCAGGUGGGCCAGAGCAUUUUCCGACGGAGUCUGCUUAACCGACUGCAGCAGGAGUAUAAGGACCGGGAGGAGCUGCGAGCCCGCUCGCCCCAGGCAUGGAUCUGUUACGUCACCUUCAUCUGUAACAUCUUUGACUAUCUGAGGGUGAACAACAUGCCCAUGAUGGCACUGGUGAAUCCAGUUUAUGAAUGCCUGUUCCGACUGGCACAACCUGAUAGCCUGAAGAAGGAGGAGGAGGUGGACUGCCUGGUGCUGCAGUUGCACCGCAUUGGUGAACAGCUGGAGAAGAUGAACUCCCAGCCAAUGGAUGAGCUCUUCUCCCUUCUCCGAGAUGGUUUUCUCCUGGAGGAGGGGCUCAGCUCACUCUCUCAGCUCCUGUUGCUGGAGAUCAUAGAGUUCAGGGCUGCAGACUGGAAGAUGACAGAUGCAGCUCAAAAAUACUACUACAGUGAAGUCACAGAUUAAACCUUCCACAGCCAGAACUCACUCACUCAGCGGCUCAAAGUUUCACCCUGGCACUUUCACGAGCAAAUGUCACACAAAUAUGUUUCAGAUAUUUUUAAGUUAACAUUUUUCUAAUGCUUUUUCCAAAUAGGAUUUAUAUUGUUUACUCCCAAUAGACCCUUUGUACCAUGUCUUUGAUGGACUGCAACGGAGGACAGUUUGAUUUGGGGACAAGGGCAGUUUUAACCUAGCCAGAGCUUCCAUUCUCUUUAUCUAUGACUUAGGUUAAUUAAGGCCUCUCAAACUGUUGAUUAACUGUAUCCACAGCUUCCAGCUCACACCAGCAUUUUACAGUAGCAGUCAGAAAAGCAUAGCCAAUGGUUUAUACUGAGAUCAGCUCUUAUGUGCCAACCCAGUCACCCACCAACAGAGUUGAGACAGGUGGAAGGAAAAGCUUUUGCAGAUUAUUUGGAAAACUGCCCGCUUUGCUGUUUACUGCCACAUGGAAUCCAUGCCCAUAAUACACAAACCAAGCUUUAAAAAGUCCUCCAGGAUGAAUCUCAUCUUGCUCCCUGUGAAAUCAAUGGGAGCAUGAUUGAGCCCUCUACAUGGGCAAUCAAUUGUUAUUUCUCCCAACCCUGCCCUCUGGCAGGCUGGGUGCCUAUGGACAGCAGAAGUAACACCUGCUUCUGGAGGAAGGAGAAGCCAGCCAGUGUACAUCAUAGCAAUUUCCUUGAGCACAUGUAGCUAGAAACUGUUUUUAUGAGUUUUAUAUAGUAACCACUAUGGAAUUUUUUCCAAAAAACAAUUUAAUAAACUUCAAUAUUGUACAUUUCUGUUGACAAAAGGGACAGACAAAGGGGAAAUAAAUGUUCUAUUGAGGUUUUUUCUAAUAAAAGUUUUCCACUAAUGAA